AUGCCCGAGCCAGCCAAGUCCGCUCCCGCCCCGAAGAAGGGCUCCAAGAAGGCGGUAACCAAGGCGCAGAAGAAGGACGGCAAGAAGCGCAAGCGCAGUCGCAAGGAGAGCUACUCGGUGUACGUGUACAAGGUGCUGAAGCAGGUGCACCCCGACACCGGCAUCUCGUCCAAGGCCAUGGGCAUCAUGAACUCGUUCGUCAACGACAUCUUCGAGCGCAUCGCUGGCGAGGCGUCGCGCCUGGCGCACUACAACAAGCGCUCGACCAUCACGUCGCGGGAGAUCCAGACGGCCGUGCGCCUGCUGCUGCCCGGGGAGCUGGCCAAGCACGCCGUGUCCGAAGGCACCAAGGCCGUCACCAAGUACACCAGCUCCAAGUAAAGGGUCCUGAGACUGUGUUGAUUAAACCCAAAGGCUCUUUUCAGAGCCACCCACGUUUUCUGCAAAAGAGCCAGUUUGCUGUUCCGUGUUACCUUAAGGUACAAAUGCCUGAUUAGUUUCUACUUUGCUGUGGAAUUCGCCUCGUGUAUAUUUACAUGUUUUGUAGUUGUAUAUGCAGCUCACUACUUUUAUUUCAAGGAAGUAUUGCUGAGUUGUAAAGGCUUAGUUAGUACUUAAGAGUACUCAUUCCCCAAGUCUCCAUUGUCUCUGCUUUAGUCGUGUCCACCACCGUGCUCUACCAAGACUUCGUGUUUUAUUCACGAGCUACCAUAGCUCCACUCGUUCACACGUUCUCACCCGGUUGCCCUUGCAAUUUACCCUCACCCUCCUCUCCACUCUGAAAUCACCAUCUACAUAUUAGCAUUGUUAAAGGAGUAAAUAGUUCUGGGGUGGCUGGGGAUAAAUGCGGCAGGAUCUGCCAGAGGGGCCUUUGGGGUCCUCAGGAGUUCUGUUCACCUUGAAAACAGAUACGAAGUGUAUCGUACCAUGGGAAGGCAGAUUCUAUGCAAAAUAUUAAAA